UUUUCGUUUUCAUUGAUCGUCUAUUCAACACGAUGUCCAAAACAAUAUCUUUGAAGCACCCGGAAGUACCAGUUGUGCAUACUAUUACUGAUGGGAAGCUUGAGGUUGGAGAUAAAGUUGAAGUCAAGGGCGAGCCUCUAGAAAACGCCGUGCGAUUUUCUAUCAACUUUAUCGAAAAUUCAAGUGAACAAUGCAUUUUUCAUUUGGACUUCCGUUUCAACGAGGAAGAACCUUACAAACGAACUGUGGUUCGCAACACCAAUUUCCCUUCUGGUAAUUGGGGUGCAGAAGAGCGUGCCGAUAAUCCGCUUGAAAGAGGAGAACCUUUUAAGCUUCAGAUCAAAGUUUUGGAGGAUCGUUUUAGUGUCGAGCUUAACGACGCCCAUCAUUUCGAUUUCAAUCAUCGUGUUUCACUCGGCAAUGCAGACAUAAUCAAAAUCAAAGGAGAUGUCAAGAUCAAGUCGGUCAAAAUAAAAGAAUGCUGAUAUAUUUUAUAU